UUUUGAAGACGCGUCACGUGAAUUGCAUCAUUUCGUGCGCCAUCGGCGAGCAAAAGCCUUCGAGUCUCGUUCGUGCAGAUCUUUUCUAUCGUGCUCUUCUCUUUUUACUUAAAAUUCCUCGCUCAACUUCCAUCCAAGUAGAACAGAAAUAUAACGAAAAAAAUGAUCGAAUCGUAAUUGAAAACAGGAUGCGACAGUAACGGCGGGCUAGGCGACGAAUAUCGAAGACUGACGGUUGGUAGGAAGUACACCUGUCACGAAUGAGAUAACGUUUGAGAAGACCUGGACAGAAGACGAGUCGAGAGCAUGGCACGUGAGGAAGCAACCACGAUUCUCGGACGUUUUCAGGUCUUCAUGGAAGACGAGAUGGGAGCGGGCAAGCUCGUCACCUACGGGAUCGCCAGUGCUGGUUUGCUCGUUGCGCUGCACAGAAUCAGACCGUUCGCGAGAUUCAAGAGGCCGUCCGACGUCCCGUCUCAUUUCCUGCAAACGCGCGUUCCCCUGCAGGGUACCGUGAUGCACGUGGAGCCGAGCGGCGGUGCUCUACUAAUGGUCGAUCACCAGCCUCUACUGCCCCUUCCUCGAUUUAACCAAACGACGUACUUACCCGUCAAGAUCGGCGGCGUUAACAUCACGGGCAACGGUUUAAGUUGGCUGCAAUCUGUACUCAGUGGAAAACUCAUCAUGUUUAUACCUAUAGUCAAGAAGAAGGAUUGCUUGGAGUGCACAGUUGCAAUGCCACAAAAAGAUCAAGAUCCAUUAAAAAUUGGCGAGGAGUUGGUGAGAUUAGGUUUAGGUACAGUACACGAAACUGAGGUAAAGCUGACGGAUAAGCAUGCCUUAGCGUACAGAAGAUCUCUAGCAAAUGCGCAAAAAUGGGCGAUACGCAGAAGAAAUGGACAUUGGCAUUUCGUUAGACAGCCUACUGUUUUCUGGAAAACGCAGAUGUUCAUGAUAGAUAAGAUGAAGUCACUGUUACCUACUUAUAUAGUGAGACAACUUGAUCUUUAAAAAAGUAUUUGCCUUGCUUUAACAUUAAAUUUACAGAUUAUUGUUCCUUAAUUGUAAAGUAUAUUUUUUGAUAGUUUGCAUUCUACAAGAAUGUACUUAAAGUUUUUUCAAUAAAAAUGAUUUUAAUAAACUUU